GAGCCAAAAUAAUCAGCCAGUUUGCGCAGUUCAAAUAAAACGUGUUUACAAUAGUUUUAAUUGUUUUUGCUCAAAAUAAAACAUACAGCAUGCCAGAAAUUGAGGGCUAUAGAGUUGUGCCGCUGCGAAUGUCGCCAGAUGCCAAAAAUUGUCACAGCGUUUACAUGCGGGAGCAUUUCAUACGAUUAAUGGAUCCCAACAAACCAAAAGGCCGCACGCUAUUUUUGCUUAACGUACCGCCCUACGUAACUGAGGAGAGUUUGCAAACCUUCUUCAAGACAGCCGGCAACGUGGAGAGCGUUUUGUUUGCCGAGAAACCUGGACGCGACGAGACGACAAAGUGGUACGAAGGAAUGGAUGUUCCCUUCUCAAAUGCACAGACACCAUUCAAGUUCAAAGUGGCCUAUGUGGUGUUCCAGAAGAGCAGCAGCAUUGGCAGGGCGCUAGCCAUACAGAGCCUCGAUUUGUACAAUAGUAGCGGCGAGUGCAUCAUCAAAACGGGCAUGGAACUGUGGCACGAGGAAUACGAGAAAAACUUUAUGUUAGAUGUAGCGAAGACGCAAACAGAGAUCGAUGCCUACAUGGCUGCCUACGAUAAGAGCGAGCGUGCCGCACUCGCAGCAGCCAAGGCAAGCGAAGCCGAUCCUAAUGGCUGGGUGACAGUGGGCAAAGAGGGACGCAAUGCAGGAUUCGAGCAGAAGGAAUCCGUUAUUGGUCGCAUCGAAAGCAAGAUGCAAAAGGACAAGAAAACCAAGGAGCUGAAGAACUUUUACACAUUUCAAAUACGCGAAAGCAAAAUGCAAAACAUUGUAGAACUGCGCCAAAAAUACGAAGAGGACAAGCGAAAAAUUGAACUGCUGAAGCAAUCGCGACGCUUUAGACCAUUUUAACAACGUCUAAGGUAAUAAGUAGUAUAAUAAAUCAAAUAAUUACAAAUGUAUAAUAUUUCUAUAAAUGAGUUAUACUAAGAAAAGAAGCCUACCAUAAUAAAUAUUUCUGGUUUUUCUUA